CCACCACCAGGCCCCCCCCCGCCCCCGGGGUGACUGCGGGAUUCCGAGCUGCGCCGGAGCUGAGAUUCUAGAGCACUUUUGCCACCCCCACCCCACGCACGUGUUGCAAUGAUAUCAGAAUUUUGCUUGCGGUUUACCCGUGUUUAACCUCUUUGUGUCUCGUUUCUGAAUCGUAUCCACUUGAGCAUCACUAGACUGAUCUAUUUUAACACUGGUGGGGCGCAGCGAGGAUGGACAGAUUCCUGGUGAAAGGGGCUCAAGGGGGCCCUUUGAGGAAGCAGGAGGAGCAAGAGCCAACUGGAGAAGAGCCAGCUGUGUUGGGAGGAGACAAAGAAAGCACAAGGAAGAGGCCCAGGAGAGAGGCCCCAGGGAAUGGAGGCCACUCAGCAGGCCCCAGCUGGCGGCACAUUCGGGCUGAGGGCCUGGACUGCAGUUACAUGGUCCUGUUUGGCAAAGCUGAGGCAGAUGAGAUUUUCCAAGAGUUGGAGAAAGAAGUAGAAUAUUUUACAGGGGCACUGGCCAAAGUCCAGGUAUUCGGGAAGUGGCACAGUGUGCCCAGGAAGCAGGCAACGUACGGCGACGCUGGGCUGACCUACACGUUUUCAGGCCUCACACUGUCUCCAAAGCCCUGGAUCCCAGUUCUAGAGCGCAUCCGGGAUCACGUCUCUGGGGUGACUGGACAGACUUUCAACUUUGUGCUCAUCAACAGGUAUAAAGAUGGCCAUGACCACAUCGGGGAGCACCGAGAUGAUGAAAGAGAACUGGCCCCUGGGAGCCCAAUUGCCUCUGUCUCCUUCGGUGCCUGCAGAGACUUUGUCUUCCGGCAUAAGGAUUCCCGUGGGAAAAGCCCCUCCCGGAGGGUGGCGGUGGUCAGGCUGCCGCUGGCCCACGGGAGCUUACUAAUGAUGAACCACCCGACCAACACGCACUGGUACCACAGUCUUCCCGUGAGAAAGAAGGUUCUGGCUCCACGGGUCAAUCUGACUUUUCGUAAAAUUUUGCUUACUAAAAAAUAAAAACGUUUUUAACAGUU